AUGGAACAGCUCUUCAGUUUCAGACUCGGUUUGCAGCUUCUCCGGCGGCGCACGGUUGAGACGGGAGAAAAGAGGCUCGGUGAGGUCCCAGAGAGGCUCGGUGAGGUCCCAGAGAGGCUCGGUGAGGUCACAGGCCGGCUCGGUGAGGUCACAGAGAGGCUCGGUGAGGUCACAGGCCGGCUCGGUGAGGUCACAGGGCGGCUCGGUGUCCAUCAGGCUCUGAAGACCUGUGUGUACGCUCUGAGGACCUGUGUGUACACUCUGAAAACCUGUGUGUAUGCUUUGAAGACUUGUGUGUACACUCUCGAGACCUGUGUGUACGCUCUGAGGACCUGUGUGUACGCUCUGAGGACCUGUGUGUACACUCUGAAAACCUGUGUGUAUGCUGUGAAGACCUGUGUGUACACUCUCAAGACCUGUGUGUACGCUCUGAGGACCUGUGUGUACGCUCUGAGGACCUGUGUGUACACUCUGAAAACCUGUGUGUAUGCUGUGAAGACCUGUGUGUACACUCUCGAGACCUGUGUGUACGCUCUGAGGACCUGUGUGUACGCUCUGAGGACCUGUGUGUACACUUUGAAAACCUGUGUGUAUGCUGUGAAGACCUGUGUGUACGCUCAGAGGACCUGUGUGUACGCUCUAAGGACCUGUGUGUAUGCUCUGAGGACCUGUGUGUACGCUCUGGAGACCUGA